GUUUUAUUCAACAAAGCUGAAUAUUACGUAACAGGAUUAUAUUAUUUAAUUUCUGUAAUUUUCUUUCUUGUCCUGCCAGAAAGACACAUUCUGCCUAGAGUGUAUGUUUAGGUAAAAGAGAAUUUCCUGUCCUUCCUUUUAUCUAAGAUUUACAUGUGCUUAAUGGGGGGGAAAAAAGUGUUGAGUUGAACACUUACUCAAACUUCUGAAGAGCAAACUUUUAUCUGUGCUGGGGAGUGAUGCAUCACUCUUUCAGGAAGUUAAAAUAGUAGGUGGCAGGAUUGGGAGCCUGGAUAGAAGUCAAAUGAAAGAUGACUACUUGCUGUGAGAAGAAAUUAAAACAGCAAGGUAGAAGCUGAGCAAGAAUUGCCCACUGACCGUGGCUAAUGCUGACUGGCAUAUUCACUGGUUUUUGGUGGAAUACAAGGGCAGAAGAAUAAGCUAUAACUGAUGAGACUUUUCUGAUGUCAGCGAUCAUGAUAUCGGGAAAUUUAAUAGUCUUAAUGGGAGGUUUUAACUGUCAUUGACUGUAUGUUAGAGUGAAUAGGAAUUCAGAAAAAAAUUACUUAGAAAGAAAAAGAAGUCAUGCAUUUUUUUGUAGUAGAAAUGAGAAUGAGCAACUGGAGCUUCAUAAGCCCCUUCAAGAGUAGAUGAGCUAAUGCCCACAAGUAAAGGGAGCUCCCCUUAGCUGUCCAUCGUGACUUCAUUUUAUAUUGUGCUUCUUUACUCGUGUUGCUUGUUGCAUUUGUUCUGGAUUUCUUUCAUGCGCUUUUAUUAUUUCCUCCAGUAUCAGUUUCUUUUUGCCAGCCACGUUAUUUUCUGUGUUUUCUCCUUGCACAAAAUUCCUAGCUAUGUGGGCAGCUUUUCCUCUCUAUGAGAGGCAAGGUGGCUGGGAAGAAAUUGGCUACCAGUUCAGCACAGAAAUAAAUCAGCAAAACACAGUUCUGGGUAAGCUUUUACCAUGCCUUGGGAGGGCUCCAAAGGUGCCUGUGAGAAGUUGGGUCCAUCUUGCUUUUAAACUUGUGACACGGGUGAGUUCAGAAAAGGCCAUGUAAAUAAACAAGUUAUAUUGAUUUUUGACUUAAUGACAUAAUAUACUCUGAAAUUAAUAAACAGUCAUUAAAUAAAAAGAAUUAUAUCUUUAAUGAAAAGAUACUUACUCGAGUGAAUGGGGUUAAAAAGCUCACCAUGAGAUCCUUUGGCUUGCCAAGCUGUAUCUUCUGUGCAAAUGGAGAUUCCUUGUUACAUGAAAUGUAGGAAGCAAUGUUAUUGUUAGCUUUUCAGACUUAAAUUAUGCAGUAAUGUGGCGUAAAGCUGAAUUUAUACCUAAACAUCCAAAUGUUUUUACGUACCUGUUUUGUUUCCAGAUGAGAAAUAGUUCUAGUUACUUAUUAUGCUACAGGAGCUUUACGUUACGGUUUAUACUUUUGUAACUGUAUUGAUAACUGUUAUUCUCUUUUUGAGUUUUAGUCAUCACUCCUACUGUCGCGUGAGCAGUAGCAGUUAAUCAGAAUUCUCUGAAUAUAAUCAAAAUUCAUGAAUAGAAAGUCAAUUAUGUUGAAUUUAAGUAGCAUAGAAUCCUACAGUUUUACAUUUCACAUCUGUGAUUAGUGUAUAUAUUCAUACUUCAUAAUCUGUCUGAACCAAUUAGAUUUUCCUGCAGUGCAAACAAACAAACAAACAAAAAAAAAAACAGCUUAGGAGAAAGUAGGAAGUAAGCUAUGAAAAAGAAUUAUUCUAAGACUUGAGGAGUCUUUCUGGCUUUAUUCCCAGAAAGUGUUCAGGCACAUCAGAUCCAAGGGAUUGGACCUGCUAGGCUAUAAAUACUUGUGCAGCCUCCUCAGGUGGCAUAAACUAGCGUAGCUCUGUGUGGACCACUGGUACACCUGCCUGGCCCUCUCGGAGCAGCCUCUUGCUGUUGUAAUCAGAGUGGUAGGAAAGCACACGUGUGUUUUGUAAACUAGAAAAGGGGCUUAGAGGGGGCUUGGUGUGAAUCUGCUUUUAAUGUUGCCUGAACUGCCUCUCAGACAUUACUAGAACUAAUCAGCAGUCGUCAUGUACUGCUCAGUGCAUGCUGGAGGAGAAGGCCAUCUGCCCGUUGAAAGCACAUAAUUACUGAUAAUGGAGCUCUUUGAUAAUGCUAAUUGAAGAGGUUUUGCCUAUAUGCCGCUGAGAAUAAACUCUGACAUCAAGCAGUGUUUGUUGUAAGUUGGUUUUGUUAUGUGAUUUCCAAAUUGGUUUAGAUUUCAUUUUGUAUCAUUCUGGCUUGUUUAAAGGAUAAAGCUGCAGGGGAACCAAUGUGGUAUGUACUGCUGUGUUAGUUACAUGGGGAACAGUGGUUUGCAAAGUAUCUCAUAAGUAAAUAGAUUACUGCAGGUAAAAGAAAAAGGCAAGUAUUGAAAUCUUUCAAGUUUGUAUGUAAAGAGAUAUGUGAAAGAAUAACUGAAACAUGUUUGUACAUGCAUGUGUGUGUAUUUAUGUGCACACACAUUACACAACUGGAUUCCCAGAUGGUGAGGAGGAGUUCUGCAAAGGGAAUUGUGAGUGAAAGUGUGUGCAUGCUUUCUUGCUUAUUUUUUCCUUUCAGAAAGUAAGCAGAUUGCCCAGCAUGGUCACCCUUGUUCUAGAUGGUAACAGUCAUCCCUUGAAGAAAAAGACAAGAGUUAUGAGGUCAUGUUCAUGCAAACAUUGUGUGUUUUUGUCAUGUCUGGGCUUAACUUGAGGCAAACUGAUUGUGUGGCUACAUACAACACAAAGUAACACAAAUGGAACAUCCCUAGUCCUGGCUUUCCUUACUGUUGAUGUUCAUGAGAUGCUUCUCUUAAUAACUUUACUGUACGUAAUACUAAUUAAUACUAUUAAUGUUUUCCAUCAUGUUUGUAGGUCUCUAAAAUAAUCAGUCUGGAGUAUAGAGAAGGAAGCGUGACCUUACAGUGUUCCUGCGCUGUUAGAUAGCUAGGAUGACAAAGAGGGAACAGUGUUUAAGAAAACUACAGCCACCAAAACAAAACAGCAGGAACACAUUUGCUACCAUUAUCUAAACACAUUCUUCCCACAUGCACCACUCCAGGGAGUAUUAUUUUGUACUGUGUCAUUGCCUGUACUUGCCUCUCUUUUUUUCCUGCUGUAACAAAGCAAAAGGAGCAUGGUGAGCCUGGGACACACCAGGCAGAGAAGUUCCUUCAAAAAGGUCAUUCUUGCAACUCUGAUGUUUUCUUAAGUCAGUGGUGCUAAAGAUCAAAUUUUCUUAAAUAAGGAUGCUUAUUUUUAAGGCUAGUGAUCUGUUGAAGCGUUCUGGAUAUCUAAUCAGAGCUGAAUGUGUGUUUAUUUUUCCCCCAUCUCGCAAUGCUCAGAAGAAAAACUGGUUCUGAAUUAGUUGUCUUUUGCGACUAGCCUGAUUUUUUUUUUGUGUAACCCUGCUGGAAAUUGUUCUCCUGUCUGUGGCAGUACCAAAUUACCUGCAGUGGAUGACUGCAGUCAAGCAAGUUUUAGUGUCUUUAAUGGCUCAGUCACUAGCAUCAAUUUGACUGGUACAGCUGAGUUUAUCAGGCAGCCUAGUGCAUGCUGGAUAAUGAUUCUUGGGAUUCUUCUCUACAGAGAAUUUUUGCAGAGCAGAAUGGACUUCAUAAAGCCACUUUUUCUCUAAUAAUGAGAUUGGAGGUGCUGUUCUGUGUUUCCAAAACAACACAGCACAAUUAAUCUAGUCUACAGACCUGUGUGAAAUUUGCUUUUGCCAGCUGGCCAGGGCACCUGUAGCACAGCAGGUGUGUGCAACCAGAGCACUGGAACCGUAUGGGACUAAGUGGCUCUUAGAUCAGAAUCAGAAUUUCCAGUCGGCACAGAAUUGUGCAUUUCCAUGAUAUUUUUCCAUUUGAAAGACCAGGGAUUUGAUUGGCGUGUGGCUGUGCCUUUUGGACAAGGAUAGCCAUACCUCUCCCAGUACAACCUGGAUGUACUAUGGAAGCGUGUGUGGGAUUUAUGGGCACACUGCUUAGGAGGCUUGAGUAAGUAAGUAUGCGCAGCUUAAUUGCUCACUAACGUGACAUGAGCAAAUAUAGCCCAGAAUGUCUGUGCAAUUACCCAAAACUUUAUCCAAUCCAAAAUACCUUACAGAAUUGUCCUGGAAUGGAUUACAGCAACUGUGCCUGCACCUAUGCUCAGCUGGAGUCUCUUCCUGUGUGAGCAUGUCUGUGGAUUUUAAGACAUACAGCAGGAUCAGCUGAAUGCCUUUUUUUCCCCCAGGUCCAUUAACUCAGAUGAUGUGCUAAUUAGGUCACUGAGAAAAUCAAAGAUACAGAAAACCGGAUUGAGUGUUCACAAACCAGCUCCUGCAUGUAAUUGCAGUAUUUUAGUUUAAUUUGUCUUAAGAUGUUUUUUGAUAUCUCUGAGAAUGUUACCCAUAAAAAGGCAGACUGCAUGUCAGGCAAACAAGCUGUGGAACACUUGAAUAUUUUGAGCUGCUUGAGAGUAGCAUUUGGUAUUUCUCACUCCAAGAAAGAAACAUGUGACUUCUCUCUCAGAUAUUUAUGUUUAUACCUUAGUGAUCAGAGAAUAGCAGAAGUAUCCUGCAGGAACCAUUUUGAGGAGGGGUCAACACACCGAAAUGAUCCAUAGUGCUAACAUUGUUCUGCAGAAUGAUCCUUGCUCUUAGCCCAUAAAAAUCCGGUGCAUUAGAAGAGAACAAAGUCGUUGAAGGUGGAGAGGAGUGACUGUAGAGUCCAUCCAUUUGUUUUCUGCUUAAAUAAAAGUGUUCAGUCGUAACUGUGAUCUCUGAAGCAGCGGUGCAACCUGACAAGCAAAUGUAUUUAAUCUGCUCCUGGUGGGUUUGAAUGUAUUCUGUCUACAAAAGCAUAUGCUAUAUAUGUGCGCAGGUAGGAUUAAGUGCAUCUGUGUUCUGCUACAAUUUGAGAGAGAGCUGAUGGACUGUUGGAGCACUUCAGGGCAUUGCUACUUGGCAGGAACACACGUACUUGAAGGCAAACAAAUUUGCUCAAUAUUUUUAUGAGUCUCUGAGCUCAGCUGGUUCUGGCGGAGAUGACUUAAUCCAGAGAAGCAGUAGGGGAGAGCUCAUUCCAGCUUUCCCUUUAUUUGGGAAAUGGAACAUGAGUAAUGUCUUCCCAGACAGGAGGGAGCCACUGUGGCCUCCUUGCCAUGCGCAGCGUGUCAUACUGCAUCUCUCAUGUCCCUCCACUGCAUCAUCCAAUGCAGCUCCUUUGUAUGGCCUAACCAUAGUGCAAAAUGCAAUCGUCUCUGGUGCAGCCAUUUCAGCACAACUCCUUUGUACUCUGUGGAAUAUCAAAUAAAAUAAUAAUAAAGAAAACAGUCUCACAGUAAAUGCUAUACUCACUCUAUAGGAUUGCACUGAAUUUGUCAUUAGUGGAUAGUAAAUGUUAAAUACAGAAAUACUAACUUCCCAGAACCUUAGAUAGUUUAGAGUUCUUUGUAAAUUGGUAAUUUUCCAUCCAAACAUUCAGGUUAGUUCCCAGCACAAAUUCUUCAUUAUUCAGUGCUUAAGGUUGAAAGGCCUCAUCAUUUACUAGUGUCAGAAAUGUUAUGAGAACUUAGAUGAGCAAAUUCUAGAAAUUGUGGCGAAGAUGCUGCACACGUGAAACCAAGCUGCCAUGAAGUCCGCAGGUAGGUGAGCAUUUAGACAACUGCAGAUUAUCACGUUUCACCAUUUCUCCUUUUUGUCUGGCCUUAUGGUCUUGACUGUGCUCCAUUCUGCUCUCUUGAAGCCAGAACUGCUUUUUGCAAGUAUAUUACAGUCUGGCCUCUACCUAUAUGAUCACAUUCAAAUUGUCUCACUACCUCUCUCUUCUUUUAAAGUCUCUGCAACUAGACCAUAAUGUCUUUAUAUAUAAUUCAUUGGCUGAUACAUGUUUAUAGUACCACCUAAUGUAUUCUGAACUUACGAAUGUUUUUAUAAUUUUUAUACUGAGCAUGUCUUUAUUACAUACAAAACUGAGCUGGCGACCAAGUGAUUCCCAUCUCAGUCUUCCUCCUGAACUAGCAAUAAUUUUGGUGAGAAAAAAGCCAGGAAGAAUGGAAUGUCUAUGCCAAUCUACUUGUCAGCCAUAAAAAGACCACCCAUAACUCAAAUUUUAAGAAAUGAACAGCAACGUAUUUCAGAAUCCUGAUAUCUCCAAACUAUAUGGAGAUGCUUGCUUUGGAGUUUUCCAGCAUUUUUAUUGUCAGCUGAGAGCUGGGUGAAAACAAAACUAGGAACUUUUAAACAAGGAAUUAUUGUUCCAAAAAUACUGUAUAGGAAAAAUAUGAAUCUUUAAACUGCUCAACAUAAAAAAGGAAAAACUGAUAUGAAAGCCUUUAUUUCAAGGAUAAAAAGUUGUAUUUUAGUUACCUCAAAAUGUAAAAUACUUAAAUGUAUACCUUACUUUACUGAAGUGUAGCUUACUUUACAUAAAGGUGUAUAAUUAUUUUCUUUAGGAUUUCAGGAUGAUGAGAAACCUGAAACAUCAUCUGAAAUUGGUGACAAAAUAUAUCUGGCACUGUAACUUUCAGUAUGUUGAAGAGUAGUGUUUUAUAGCGUUUCAGGCCUGAUUGGCUUUAACUUGGCCACUGAAGAUGAAGUAACAGCCAUAUAUAUUAUGCUUUCCCUCUAUAUAUUUGCCUCUGGAGCAUAGAGGGAAUAGACGCAGGUUCAAGCGUGUUUGGUGUUGGCUCAUAAUGCAGAGUCUUGCCCAGAGCACAUGGGAAGCAUGUUAGAGCUAUGUGGGUAGCCACAGGCCCUAGCCAACAUCAUUUGUGAAAGAAGCUUCUCCCUUUAAAGAGAAAUUCCUUCCUUCCAUGAGUAAAAGAAUGUAAAGUUAUUGUGAGUCUGCUGUAGCUCCUCCCUUGGGUUCCCCCAGAGGAAGGUUGGCUUUGUCUAUCUUAUGGGAAGAUUAGCUCUGAAACAGGAUCCUGGUUUUAGCUGGCCUCUAUUUUCAUGUAUUUACUAAUGUUAUUCUGUUUUAUGUGAAACUUUUGUGUUGGUUUGGCUUUGUUUUUUGUUUGUUUGUUUGUUUGUUUGUUGCUUUUCUGAAUGAUUUCACAUCCUUACAGGAAGAGACUAUCCCAUAACACUGGUAGAGCAUCAUAUCUAAAACAAAUGGAAGUUUGUGAGUGACCUGAAAUAAAUGUAAAGUGCUUGCCUAGAAGAGAUUUAGUAACAGCUGUAUAGCACUGAAGUUCAUACAAACAAUGGCAGAAGUCCUUACAGACUGAUCCCCAGAUAAUUUGUGCCAUGAAAUAAAUUGCUAUGUAUAUACAAAUAUAGAAAAGAGCAAACACUGGGCAAGCAGGCAGGGAGGCUGGGAAGAGAUGAAGAUAAGGCACACCGCCAGUGCUGUUGGGGAGAGAAUGGAAAUUGUCAUUUCUGUGGCCCUUGUUGCUGCUGCAGACACCACGCUGUGAUGCGAGCUGCUGUGGGGAGGAGAUGCUGCACCUCUCUGUGUCCCUGUUCCACGUGCUGCUGGAGGCUGUGUGGUGCCGUUGUCACAAAUAGGAGUGCUUCAUUCAGGAUAAAUCCUUCAACACCACAGCUUUAGCAGAAGAUGAUGAUAACAAAGAAAAUUAUCCGGACAACACAGUUAUCGUAGAAGAAAGGCGUCUGCCUUUGCAAGACACUCAGCAGCACAAAGAGCCGGCUUUGAAUACUGAUAUGGGCAACUUAAAGCUAAGAAAGCCUAAGCCCAUCGCAAAGUUAGAAAAUGGAAAAGGCCACGAGGAAAGUCAGGAACUGGAGAGUUCAUUGCCAGGCCUCUCAGAGUGGCAAGGGAAGGCAGGAUCCUCAGCUAAUGACUGUGCAUGGAACAUGGAUUUUAGAUGCCAGGAAGAAGUUGUGAGAUUUCAGCCAAGAAUUGAUCAAAACACAUGUAUUGCAAGAAAUGAAGCAACUGGGCAACUAUGCAGCUUAAGUGAGAAUUCUUUGUUGAAGCUACAAGCCCUCGAAACCGAUCUGUGCUCUGCGUUUCUGCCAACCCAGGAGGAAACUCCCCAGCUGCUGGCACCCAAGGAUCCAGCCCCUUCAUCAGUCCAAACCAGUGUGCAAGCUGAUGGGGCCAGUAGUGGAGACCAGUAUCACUUCAUUUCUCCUAUUACUGAUUUUAGUUUAAUGCAUCAGCAGAGAGAGAGUGAAGAGCCUUUACCAGCCCGCAGAGACUGGCAGAAUGACAUGGACAGCAGCCCACAAGAACAUCGCUCCGUAGGGACCAGUCGACUGCUGUAUCACAUUACUGAUGGAGACAAUCCUCUUUUGUCACCACGCUGCUCUAUCUUUAGCCAAAGCCAGAGAUUUAAUCUAGACCCAGAGUCUGCGCCUUCUCCACCAAGUGCUCAACCUUUCAUGAUACCAAGAAGUUCUUCUAGAUGUAACUGUGAAGAGUGCAAAGAACCCCAAACGGUAGCACAACUUAACAAGCAUCUUCAAAGUCUCAAGAGAAAAAUUAGGAAGUAUGAAGAAAAGUUUGAGCAAGAAAAAAAAUACCUGCCUUCACAUGGUGACAAGACUUCCAAUCCUGAAGUUCUAAAAUGGAUGAAUGAUUUGGCCAAAGGUCGUAAGCAGCUCAAAGAGCUGAAACUCAGAAUGUCAGAAGAGCAAAACUGUACCUCCAGAGCACCCCAAAGAAAUGAUAAUUGUGAAAGUAGUGGGGCCUCCAAAGACACUGGGACACAGGAGGCCACAAGCAUGGAACCAGCUCCUUCAGCAGAAGAAACCGUGGACAGUGUGUUGAGACGAUUAAAGGAGAAAAGGCAACAAAUCAACAUUCCUGAGACCAUUAAGGUAACUAAACAAGAAAAGAGUCUUAUGAAACCUCUUUAUGACAGAUACAGAAUUAUCAAGAAACUUCUUGCAACUCCAUCUUUGAUCACAACAAUUCAGGAAGAAGAAGACUCAGAUGAAGACCAUUCUCAAAGCAGCCACGAAUUAUCAUCUGGUCCAGUAUCUUGCCUCCCUGUUGAUGAGCAACUGUGUUACUCUCAGGAGGAAUGCGAGCCUGCAUAUGUCUCACCUCUGAAUGAAAGGAAAGUUUUAAGACAAACAGCCUUGUCUAUGUCCAAUUUACAUGAGGCAACCAUGCCUGUUCUGCUUGAACAUCUCCGAGAAACAAGAGCAGACAAGAAAAGGCUUCGCAAAGCUUUAAGAGAGUUUGAAGAACAAUUCUAUAAGCAGACAGGAAGAAGUCCUCUAAAGGAAGAUCGUGUACCAAUGGCAGAAGAAUACUCAGAAUACAAGCACACAAAAGCCAAAAUCAGGCUCAUAGAGGUUCUCAUCAGUAAGCACGAUGUUUCUAAAACAAUUUGAAAUGAAUACAAUGCAGUGGUAUUAUUCUCUAGCAAUGCAAACGAACAAUAACAAAAAACAAAGCAGUAGUUUUAGAGGUCUUGGUCAGCUGCACAAUUAUUUGACACGCUGAGAUUUUUUGAUGCACUUUACCAAUUCUACAAGCUGGGAUGAGGGAGUACAGCAAUAUAUGAGAAUAUUAAGCACGGGUGAGUGAACUAUAUAUUAUAUAUAUAUAUAUAUAAUUUUUCCCUUUAAAGCCUUGAAGUGCACUGUGAGAAUGUUAGAAAUUAAAAUGACACUGAAGUAUUGUUGACUCUCUGUUUGACCUGUUCCUAGGUUUAAAAAGUGUGAGGAAAUGCUCUCCAGGUUAUUAGUACAUCUUUGAGUACACUAAUGUACCAGAAUUUAUUUUUUUUUACCAGAAUUAACAUGCAGUAUAAUUAAAACUGUAACUGUUGGUUCUCAAUGUGCUGAUCAGUUCACUAGAUUAAAAGAAACAUAAGUAAGUAAGUUGUUUAAAACAACAAAUUCAUGAAAUUCUGUCUGCCAUGACAGAGUUGCCACUUAAUUCCAGUAGCUUCAAUGGAAAAAAAAAUGACAGGGUUUAGAGGAAGGGGGCAUGACUGCCAAAUGGAAUUACUUUUUUUUUCAGAAAUAAGAGAAAGUAUUUGGCAAAACAAAACAGAAAAAGUUUACCAGGAAGAGAUUUAGCAAAGGUACUGGAUGCCAUCCUUUUCAUUAUGGUUCAUAGGCCCUGGCUUAUGGUACAUAAAAUUCGGUAACUAGACCAACUACAUGCUAAUUUUUAUUUCCAUAUUGAACUUUUGCACUUUAUUUUGCCUGAUGCUAUAACGUUUGCUUUUAUGAUUACCAAAGCUUGUUUAGAAGCAUGCACUUUGUAAAAAAAAAAAAAAAAAAAAAAAAAAAA